UACACAGAAAACGCACUUUGAAUAUUUGUGGGAAAGCAAUGAAGAUCGCUAAAAAUUCAGAAGUUAAAACUACUGCAAUGAGGACUCCUGCAAGAAGAGCAAGCUCAAUUAAAAAAACAAAAGAGAAAAAUAACUUUAAUAAAGUUAAAAAUAACUUAAAUAAGAAAGGAAAUGAAUCAAAGCAAAAUCAAGAAGAGAAAAUGGAAUAUUCAUCAGACGAAUAUGAGGUUGAAAAGAUUGUUGGCCAUAGGGAAAAGAGUGGAAAAACUGAGUAUAAAAUCCGCUGGAAAGGCUACAGUCCGAGUGAAGAUUCAUGGGAAGAAGAGUCCAAUCUUAACUGCAAAGAGCUUAUUAAUGAGUACUUAAUUUCUAUAAAGAAGGACAGCUCUGAGAAAAAAUCCGAAAUUUUAGAGGUCGAAGAGAUUACAAAUCAUAGAACACUCAAUGGAAUAACACAAUAUAAAAUCCGUUGGAAGGGACAGAGUUCUAAACAUGAUGUUUGGAAAAAUGAAUCUGACCUUAAUUGUAACGAACUGAUUGAGAAGUACUUAUCGCAAAAAAAUAAUGUACAAAAUACAGAAUCUGUGUCAGAAGAUGAAGAAUGGGAGAUUGAAAAAAUUAUCAAAAUGGACACUCUUAAAUCGGGGAAAAGGAAGUUCCUUGUACGAUGGAAAGGGUUCACUUCUGAGGAUGACACCUGGGAACCUGAGGAAAGUUUAAAGGACACAGAAAUGCUUGAAAAUUUCCUUGCUAAGGAGGAAAAGGUCAGCAUGGUGUUAAGUGAUACACCGAUUCAGAUCAUUUUGGUCUGCCUACUUUCGCUGUUUUUGGCCUGGCAGAACUUCGACUUUUGGUCAUCUUCAUGAGGCAAACCCACCACCACCGAAGACGGCGAAAGUCUCUAUUCAACUUAACCAAGGAACACCAUCCAAAAAUCUAAGUAUGUUUCUUUCAAAAUUGACUUUGUCUAAAUGAACAAAUGUGGUUUGACAUUUUGUGAGACAAUUAGUUCAUUUUAGUUUAACAUUUUUUUUUUACAUAAGAUAAUCUCAAGUUGUUCAAGGAUGUGGCUUGAAUUUUAUUCAAGAAAUUUAUAUGACAG